ACAUUGGUUGCACACAGUAAAGUGAUUCACCAACAUGAAUAUGAUUUAAUAUUUCGCCGCAGUUACGGUGAAUCGUGAUAUGUAUAAAAUGUGUGUAGAAUGAAAUUUUAGUAGUAUAAAUGCACAUUCACAGAAGUUUGUCGACGCAUGCGCAGUUUCAACCGAUUUAUGGAUCAUGAUCCUAUUCUACCUACAAAGUAUCCAAAGGCCUGUUCCACUAAAAGCGCAAAACGUAUAAAUAAAUAAUAUGUGGAUGACAUAGUGUUAAUGAGAAUGUAUUGUUUAAAUAACCAACUUAAUUCACUGAUCCAUUGAGAACACAAAGUCGUCGCUCCUCGUCAAUCUUCAUGUGGAGAACAUCUCUGGUCGACGCACUUCCGGCAAAGAUGGCGCUGAUGAUGGCGACCUUACGGAGGACAUGGCGCGUGUUGAAAUCAGCAUCCUCCGUCCUUCCCCCUAACGCUGCCCGCUCACAGAGCUCCGUGAGUAGCCACCUAGUUCCCGUGACCUCGUUGUCCAGACCUCCAUGGCCGGAGACGAAGCUGGUGCCCGAGGAGGAGCAGCGGCGGCAGCACGCUGUCCUGACUAGCACCGUCAACCGGCUGAUCGAACAAGACGACUUCGGCCGUCUCUUCGCCGUCGUGCACUUCGCCGGCCGUCAGUGGAAGGUGACGGACGAGGACCUGAUCCUACUGGAGAACCACGUGGAGGCGGAGUGCGGCGAUCGAUUGUUUCUGGAAAAGGUGCUGCUGGUGGGGGCGCGCGACUUCACACUGGUGGGCCGGCCGCUGCUGGCCAAGGAGCUGGUACGCGUGGAGGCCACCGUGCUGGAGAAGACGCAGUCGUGGCCCAAAGUCCACAUGCGCUUCUGGAAGCGCCACCGCUUCCAGCGCAAGAUAAUCAUCGUGCAACCGCAGACCGUGAUCAGGAUCAACCGCGUGAGGCUGGCCCCGGCGCUCACGUGACCACCGACCGGCCUGCUGCUCACUGUGUGACAAUUCGGAAUGGCUCCCACGUCUGUUGGGCAAAACUGUGGACAAUUGCGUACAAUGCACCCAACUUGACCCACAAUAACAUGAACUAUUUGAUUGUUGGCAAUACAUCAUUAAAAAAAAAAUUUUUUUUAAUGAAAGCCUUCUUGUAAACACUUCAUCUUUGUAAAGUAAAUCAUCAUAGUAAGCAUUUUCCUUCUUUAUUGAACAAAAGGGCCCAAGUGAGUUCAAGGGGGACGUGAAGGCACCAGGGCGCUAACGUGCUGAGUGCUAACCCAAUCGUGCUAAUAAAAAGGUGGCUGUGCUAAAACCUGA